AUGCUCCUCCGUGCGGCCGCGCUCCUGCUCAGCCUCGUCGCGGGCUCCUCGGUGUCCGGAGGACCCGUCCACGUCCCCGGUGCGCCCCGGGCCGUCGCCCUGGCCAGGUGGUCGCAGGCGGCCUAUGACCAGAUGGCGAACGUUUCGUGCGCGUUCUUCGCCAACGACCGGGAGUGCGGGGAUCUGCGGAGGCUGCGCAAGGGAGACGUCAACCUGUACGCCGCGUCCAGGAGGGCGGAGGACGGUCAUCGCAGGCUGUCCGCAGUGCUCCCAGACGAGCCGCUCAACGGCGCCGGAAGCCACGACGCGGUCCUGGUGCUUGACCCGUUCCCGGAGGCGGGCUUCGGACACCUCGUGGCCGUCUUCUUCGUGGACUUGGGUUGGACGCAGCUCCAGUGCCAGGUCAACGGCGGCUACCGCCUGGAGGAGGGAGAGUGCCUGUCCAUCGCGCUCAAGGACCGCUGCCAGAACCUGCUGGGCGGCCACAGCGGGUACCGGGGCCGCAGCCUGGUGCGCCGCUGCGAGAUCCACUUCCUGCCCCUGGUGCACCUGGAGGACGAGGAGCCACACCAGUCCAAGCAGCGGCUGCGCUGCCGCCCGGACGUCGCCGGCUUCGCCCCGUGCCCGGAGCUGCGUCCGCAGAACGAGACGGACUUCCUUCUGUGCAACCCGGUGCGCGUGAACACGCAGCGCUGCUCGACCACCCAAGAGAUGGCCCUGACCCGCUGCCGCCUCUUCGAGACGUGCGACCAGGCGCUGCUCCUGUCCGGGGGCUGGGACCGGCUGUCCAGCCCCGUGGCCGGAGGACUCGCCAACCUCAGGGACGUGUACGCCAUGCUCACGCGCUUCGGCUUCAAGAGCAACAACGUGCGCGCCUUCUACGCCAACGGAGCCGACGGCAGAUACGUUUCAGGUGACGCGGACGACAUUCUGUACCCGUCCGCCCUGAAGCUGGCCCUGCGGUACCACCUGCAGCGCCUGUGCCUGACCAGCCACUGCGCGGACUCUCUCUUCGUCUACCUGAACAGCCCGACGUUCAGCGAUGGCUCUUCGCUUCUCUGGGACGUCGACGGCAACGGACAGGCUGACGAGGAAGAGAUCUACAGCAUCCGGGAACUGCUAUUCGACCUCAAGAACUGCUCGGCGAAGCAGGUGGUCGUCGUGGCGGACCAGAACUUCUCCGGAGAGCUGGCCAGGGCCUUCGCCCGCUCCAAGCACCACGGCAACGUGCUCUUCUUCGGCAGCUCGCAGAAGGAGGAGUACUCGUGGAGGUCGGAGCUGACACGGCACUGGACGGCCUACGACCAUUCCCACGCCUGCGUACGCGACGUCCAAGAGGAGGCGGCGAGCAAGGUCCCGUCGUCCAGCCCUGUGACGUACGACGGCUCGCAGAGAAGCAUCCAGAAGACCAUCUUCGGGGCCCCCUGCGACGUGUUCCCGCCCUACUCGCAGGAGGAGCUGGAGGAGCUGCACUUCGGCUGCCAGAACAUUCCGCCGAGCGUCUGGAGAAGGAGGCCCACGACAACGUCGCGCCUCGGCAGACACUGA